GUUGAUCAGUGCCAACAUGAUUCAUAAUUUCCACCGCGAUAUGUUGAUACUCCCUGUCGGUCGGAUGGAGCUGGGUGGGUAGGUGACAGGGUGCGUUUAUCGCGACAUGUUCUGCCAAUCGAAUUGAUUGAAUUGCCAUUCACUGUGCCCGCGUCGCGAGUCUUCGUCUUCAGCUGGUUUGAUGCCAUUCCGGCGCUCUCGAUGGUGAUCCGAGGGAAUAUGUGAAGAUCAUGCUCGCGGUGGUGUGCUUGGUCUUUGCGGCAGUGGGCGAGAGGCUUGCCAUUUCAGACGGGGACAGGACCUCGGUGCAAGAUGCGAGUGUGUGGGAAUGGUUCUCCACAUCGGCGGGCCGGCAUGACAGCAGCGAGCCCACGGGGGAGAUCACCUUUCCCAGGCGCCUCGUGCAGCAGAUCGAGUCGGAGGAGGAGAUCGUUCGCGAGUCCUUGGAUACCCGGGUAAAGAAUGGCACCGUGGAGAAAUUGCCGGUCCACCUGGCCCAGAUUUCCUUCCAGGUAGCGGGCUUUGGACACACCUUCACGUUGGAUCUGGAGCUGAACCAUCACCUCCUGUCCUCAGAAUAUAUCGAAAGGCACUUUGAUGACGAUGGAAAACCUUUGCAGUCUGUGGGGGGCGAGCACUGCUACUACCAAGGGGGGUUACGGGGUUUGCCAGGCUCCUGGGCUGCCCUCUCCACCUGCCAUGGCCUUUGUGGAAUGUUCUCAGAUGGAUUCUUCUCUUAUGGGAUCGAACCUGUGCGCAAUGGGAGCCACCAGGACGAUGGUGCUCACACGAUCCACAGGCUGCCAGACUUUAGACUGACCCCUCAUUGCCCAGGCUGUGCUAAAGAUAGCAAGUGGCGUGGCGAUGGAGUGGAAGAAGACGAGGGAGAGGAGGACAGACCCGACCAAACGAUCACCCCACAGUCCUCAAAGGGUCUCAUAAGGAGAAAGAGACACUUGCGUCGUCCCUCGGCCCAGGCCGAGACCAAAUACAUAGAGCUGAUGGUGGUCAACGACUAUGACCUGUUUGUGCAGCUGCGUCGCUCUACUACUCAGACCAAAAACUUUGCCAAAGCUGUGGUCAACAUGGCUGACGCGAUGUACAAGGAACAGCUGAACACGCGGAUCGUGCUUGUCGCCAUGGAGACCUGGUCGUCUGAAAAUAAGAUGGAGGUGUCUGCGGAUCCCUUGGCAACGCUGGGCCACUUCAUGAAGUACCGGAGGGACAGCGUCAGGGAGCAGAGCGACGUUGUCCACGUCUUCUCGGGGCGAACCUUCGAGAGCAGCCGCAGUGGGACAGCCUACACAGGAGGGGUCUGUUCCCAGACCCGGGGCGGUGGCAUUAACGAGUAUGGGAACGUGGGUUCCAUGGCGGUCACCCUGUGCCAGAGCCUGGGCCAGAACAUCGGGAUGCGCUGGAACAACGCCCGAAGUGCUGCAGGUGACUGCAGGUGCCCGGACGCCUGGCUGGGCUGCAUCAUGGAGGACACCGGAUAUUACCUGCCCAGAAAGUUCUCCCGCUGCAGUAUGGAUGAGUACUCCCAGUUCUUGCUCCAGGGAGGUGGCAGCUGUCUCUUCAACAAUCCCAACAAGCUGUUGGAUCCUCCAGAGUGUGGGAAUGGCUUUGUGGAGCCGGGGGAGGAGUGUGACUGUGGAUCCCAGGUGGAGUGCGCCCGCAACGGAGGAGCGUGCUGUAAGAAGUGCACGUUGACCCAUGACGCCAUGUGCAGCAACGGCCUCUGCUGCAGUGGGUGCAGGUAUGAGCUGAGGGGAGCGGUGUGUAGAGAUGCUGUGAACGACUGUGACAUUCCAGAGACCUGCACCGGAGACUCUAGUCAGUGCCCACAUAACGUCCACAAGCUGGAUGGAUACAUGUGUGACAGUAGUCAGGGCCGCUGUUACGCCGGCCGUUGCAGGACCAGAGACGCCCAGUGCAGAGGACUUUGGGGUUAUAAUUCUGCUGACCGCUUCUGUUAUGAGAAGCUCAAUGCCGAGGGGACAGAGAAGGGGAACUGCGGUCCCGGCACGGACGGCAAGGGCUGGCUGCAGUGCAACAAGCCGGAUGUGUUGUGUGGCUUCCUGUUCUGUGCCAAUCUGACGGUGAAGCCGAAGUUUGGCGACCUACAGGGUGAUGUCACCAGCCUCACUAUUUACCACCAGAACAAGUACCUGGACUGCCGCGGUGGCCAUGCCCUGCUGGAGGACGGCUCUGACCUGGGCUACGUGGAGGCCGGGACUCCCUGCGGUCCCAACAUGAUGUGUCUGGAGCACCGCUGCCUGCCGCUCAGCGCCUUCAACCUCAGCUCGUGCGCGGGCUCCAGCCACGGGCUCACAUGCUCCCACCACGGGACUUGCAGCAACGAGGUGAAGUGUAUCUGUGAGCGAGACUACACAGGGAAGGACUGCAGUGUGUUUGACCCCAUCCCAGAGCCCACGGCCCCUGCUGGGCUUGAGAAGAAAGGUCCCAGUGGCACCAAUAUCAUAAUAGGUUCCAUCGCAGGCGCUAUUCUCCUGGCCGCUAUAGUCCUAGGGGGAACAGGAUGGGGAUUUAAGAACAUCCGGCGAGGGAGGUAUGAUCAGUCACCCAUGUCUUUGUGUCGUCAGUUAUUUUCUGUCUCAUCCCAUCCAACCCUCCAUCCACCUGAAACCCAUCCAAUGGUUCUGAGUAGGGCUGGGUAUUGGCAGAUCUGGCGGAGGAUAAGAAGACGGUUGCUGUCUUUGCCUUCAUGUCUGUCUGUACCUCCUAUUCCUCACACCUUUGUUCCCGCCCUGGAGAAGAGGGAGAUUGGGCGUCUUUCACACUUCUGUCUUACAUCUCUCCAUGCCUCUUUAUAUACUGCCCACCCAUCCCUUCCCUUGGUCCUGUCCAGCCUGGCUCCACCGUCAACCUGGAGGGAGGGCUGACCCUUUACAUUUCCCUUCUUGAACACCAGCCAAUCAAAUUCCUGUGGUUUGUCAGCUGACCAGCCAUGGCAUCGUACCCAGGUACCCUCGCCGAAGAAAGACAUUUUUGUUUUUUUCUGCAAAACAUUGUUCUUCCUCCUAGUGGCUGGUUCUUGGGGUCCGCUGGGUAGUCUGUGUGGGAGUGUACUGUGAACACAAAUGAACGAGGACCAUUUGUAUUUGGGCCGUGGUCUUGCCAGUACCAACCACCUGGCCCACAGGAUGGAGUCCAUAUAAACCAAGUUCACAGACUUCUCUUGGGAUUCUUUUUCUUUCAAUAGGAAUUUGAGUCGGAGCCCAAGAAGGACUUUCCUCUAAGAAAUGGGGUGGGAUGGCCUAUAACCUGCCUCAACAUUGACAUCUCCAGACUUGGAUAUGUGACGGUUGAUUGCACGAUUUUAAAAGACGGACGCCUGAUAAAAGGCUGAAGACCUUGAAAAAGUAAAGGUUAGCAAACCAAUGAUGCGUUAAAACAAGCAAAGGCUGACUUAGAUUGAUAAACGUUUAUUGUUAUGCAUCGAUACUUCCCCUAAUGAGCUUUCAGGUACAAAACAAAAGAGAUAGAAAGGCAUUGUGGUUUUUGGGAACAUUUUUGAGCACAUUUUGAAUCCGUAGAGACCGUAACUUAGUGUGAAUCUAACCACAGCCUCUGACCUACAUUCCACUUUUAGGUGUUAACAACAAUUUCUGUGUUCACUUCUUCCUUAGGCACCCAAAAAUUUUAAAUAUUGUAUGUACCCUCAUAGCUUAUUGUAGGGGAUUUGUUAAGAAAGCAAGAGAGAAUGUUUACACUUGUGUUAGGGGGGGCGGUCUUUCCGUGUUCACCUUGACAUUCCUGCCAUCAUUGAGAAGAGAAGUUUGUACCUCUAAAAGAUCUUUCUAUUUCCUGUAAGAUGCCAUUGUUCACGUUUGCCUAAAAAAUGAAAAAAGUAGAACAUCUAACGACAACAAAUGGACAUUUAAGUCCAUUAUAUGCACACCUUUGUAAAUAUGUGCAAGUUUACUGAUUGUUAUUGAAUCCACUGUAUAUCAUUUUAUUAUUUACAAGGCUUUGAGAAAAUAAUGACCUUGUAAUCCCACUUCAUCAGAACAUGUUUCGGUCUGUUAUCAUGUAGACUAUGCUAGUCAUCCAUCCACUAUGAAAGAAUGACAAGUUAUCCACUUGAAUAACUUGUUCAAUGGGAGAGAAAAAAUUCAACAAUCAUAUUUUGUAUUGCCUCUUCCAAGAGACUCUGCAAUGUCGAUCUUAGGAGGUUUCUACUGUAUAUGAGAGGAAAAUUACCUAGGUUAUAGGGAGUCGUAGAGAUGCUGGACUCGGGCAAACAUGUCUGAGUGGCGAAUCAAAUCAAAGUUUGAUUCGAGGUCUGAGUUUGCACUAUUGUUACCACACAAUAUGUUGGUAUCAAGUGCAAACUGUUAUUUGUGAAGAAGAUUAAGAAAUGCAAAAGGUGCAUCUUAGACCAUAUUUUUAGACACUAUCUUUUUGAAUCGAGUAAAAAUUAAAUAAUGAAGAAAGCUCUGUACAGAUCCUUAAAGACAAAUAAAACACAGAAAUUAAAUCCUUGCAUCUCGAUUUCUCCGGAAUAUAAUAUUGUUCCACUGUGUGUGUGUUAAUCUAAUCCAUUUACCAAAAAAUCUAUCAAGGGUAAUAACCAUAAUUGUACCUCUCACAAACUGCAUAUUCCUGGCAACUUUAUUUAAAUAAAAUAUGUAAAUAAAAAAUCAAUAGAAAAAAAUAGUACAUUGAUGUCGAUACGGUCCCAUUGGUCCAAUAAAACAGGACUGCUUGCAAUUGCUGAUCACAAUAAGGGUUUUCAUGUAUGAUAAAUUUGCUAAUGCGCUCAUGUAUCCAUCCCUGUGUUAACAUCCUCCACUUUAAAUUUCCUCUUCCGUACUUAUUUAUUUUGUUUCUACCAAAACAUCUGUUGUUUAAAGAAUUUCAGUAUUCUUUGGUUUAAAAUUAUUUGCCGAUGUGAGGUGGGAUAGACGUUGGUCAGUCAACGAUCUCCCCCGUGUCCCACUUUGUUUUUGGUUCCUGCCACCAUUCCGCCACGAAGGACUCCUCAUAAUCCC